UUUGUGUGCGGCGUUGGAGGGAGCACACAUGGGAAGAGCAGCAGAGCAAACACAGCUGAAAACACAAGUUUGUAAUGUUUUUUUACAAACGUCUUGGCAUGUGUGAGCUACAGGACACUUGGAUUACCUCAGAUAAACAGUAUGGAGACAUUUUAUUGAUUAUUGAUGUAUUUUGGAAGAUUCCGCUCACUGCAGUUGAGUGGGAAAAAACAUCUCUCAAACUCGCCGAAGAACACAGAUGUUAACAAAACUUCACCAAUCUUUCUAUUGACAAAGGGUGUAAGAGAGGAGGGAAACUCCUGGAGCUGCUUAACCCUUCUGAUGUGUUUGGUUGGUCCGGUGCCAACAUCAUACCGUCAACACCCAUUUAAUGCACUUCACUGCCAGAUGUGUUCUGUCAACCUGCAAAUGCAGAAGUGAAAAAGGGAAACAAAGAGCCAAACAUCAACUGCUUUCAACAUUCAAAGGCUGAAAAAAAUUUUCAUUGUACUCUGGAUAUGUUGCAAUAUUAUCAAUAUCAAAGGGCAAAGAACCUAAUAACGUAUGUUUCCUUGUUAAAAAAGGAUGCAGCAUGUGUUGUUAAUUGUGAUGCUCACCCUGUGUUCUCUCUAUCCCUCAUGCUCCCACAAAAACAGGUGGCAUCAUGAUAGAUUAUACCUAUGUGGAGUGUACCUCAGCAGUAAUGCAGGCUCUGAGGCACUUCCAGAAGGCCUACCCUGAACACCGUGCUGAGGAGAUAAGGGUUUGGAUCUGACAUUUUGAAAUGUACGGGAACAACGCAGGAAACCAGUAUCCCCCUGGCUAUGUUCCUCAGCCAAUGCCAGGACAAUACCCUCAAUAUCCACCAGGCACUGUCCCCCCCCAACCAUACUAUCCUCAGCCUAUUGUUCCACCUGGGUACAAUCCUUUAGUGCCCCCUUAUGGAGGCCAGGAAGGCUAUGGUUAUGGACCAGGGCCUGGUCAUAAUCAUGGUCAUGAACAUGGACAUGGACACGGGCCUGGUCAUAUGUUUGGUCAUGGGCAUCCUGGGCAUGGGCAUCCUGGGCAUGGGCAUCCUGGGCAUGGCCAUCCUGGGCAUGGGCAUCACGGACAUGGGCAUGGGCAUCACGGACAUGGGCAUGGGCAUCACGGACAUGGGCAUGGCCAGAAGCACAAGCACAAGCAUGGUCAUAUGCAUGGCCAUUGCCACAAGAAAGGACGGACUUCUCAUGGGUACUCCAGCAGCUCCUGCAGCAGCGACUCUGACUAGAUGAAGAUUCCUUGAUGGGGAGGGAAACAAGACCAGUCGGCACCUGCAAUUUUUUGUUACAUCAUAACUGUUCACUUGUGAUAAACAACAUAAGUGACUUCUGAUUAUCAUAAAAGCAAUUCAUUUCUACAAUGUCCUGCUUCUGCAUUAUCUGUUUCAUUUGACCUCAUUGUUUCUUAUUACACUGUGUUAGCUAUCAAUGUGUAUUUAUAUUAUCUUUAUUUACCCAGGGAGCAUUAAAUUAAGAGCUAAUAGUUACCCUGCAGCUUCCCAGCACAUUCACUUGGAGCCAACUGUACCUGUGUUACUUUCACCUGUGUAAUAAAGCAUUUAAAAGCAUUGAAACGUUGAA